AUGGCCUCCGGGGCCGGCGGGAGAUGGGGUGGCUCCGCACCAGAGACUGCGGCCCCGACGCCCUGGGUGACCAUCGUGCAGCCCCUCCCGUGGGCCGUCCUACCUCCGCCCCCGCCGCCGGGCCGCGUGAAGGCAGACCUGCUGGAGCUGAUGCUGCUGCAGAACGCGCAGAUGCAGCAGCUGCUGCUGAGUCGCCUGGUGGUGGGGACGCUGAACUCCGGGCCCAACUCGCCGCGCCCGCAGAUCUACCUGGAGGGUCAACAGGAAGAGUCUGAGGAGGAGGAGGAGGAGGAGGAGACGCAAGCCCAGGAGGAAGGGCCUUUGGUGUUUCACCAUCACUACCUGGCCUUCCCACUGCCCUCCCUGGGCCCCCUACUACCCUGGCCAGCUGCUUUCCUUCCCCCUCCUGCAUGUCAGCCCCACUUGCAGGACGUGCCCAGGAUUCAGCACUGCUCUCCUGCCUCCAGGAAAAGUGGGGGGAGAGCUGUGCCCCCCCCACCACCUCCUAGUGCCACAGGGACAGUGGGUGCGGAUGUUCCCCCGGCUUCAGACUACUAUGAUGCGGAGAGCCUACUGUGAGGACCGACACUGGCCCUGGAACCCGCACCACCUUCAUCGCAAGUUCACCCUGGGGCUUCCACUGCCUGUGUAUUGUCUGCGACUCUACACUAUGGCUGGCAGCCCUUCUCACUUCUCAGCCCCAGCCAGGCCCUCUUCGCUGGGGUGAAUUAGUCCCCUCUGCACCCCCCUGAGGUCCUGAACAGGCCUGAUCUCUACUCGGGAGUGAGAGCUGCUUCACCGCCAGGGCCUGAAAGCCACAUAAGCCAGACUCUGCCCUACCCACUCCUUCCCUCCCCUGUCUCUCUGUCUUUCCUGGGUGAUGAGGGCUGUGGGGUCUCCUUUUUGCCUCAUAACGGAGCAGGAUGGGACAGGAGGGGACUGCUCCUGUU